AUGGCGACUGGUGAGAGGCGAUUAUAUCUUAGAUUGCACAGCCCGUCUUCGAUUCUGGACCGAGGCGACACAAAGGUGACUUGUUAUGGCGACGGUAUCAGACUGUGUACUUACAACGAGAGAACAGUGUCCACAGACGCUGACCUCCGUGCCCUUCUCGGAGCUGCAGAGUGUAUCAAAUUCCACGCAGUUGUCCUGCAAGAGACCACAAGGAGAAGCAGCGACGUACAACAGAUGAAUGACGGUACACUGGACAUUCGCGUAGGAAAGGUUUCCUUGCGAAAUGUGGGCGAUGUUGGCCUUCCUGUGCACCCAUUUCCGGUCCAUUUCGUCGUUUCUCAGGAUAUCUCAUAG